UCCUAGAGUAAGAGGCGGGGCCGAAGUGAGAGCUCGAGAAGUAGUCGAGAUGGAGGGCUUGGUGUCCAACGUGGAGAUCUGUAACCUGGCCUUUAACGGAAAGUUUGAGCAGCUGAAGGAAAGGGUCCUGUCGGACAAAACCCAGGCCACCAAGAUUGACCAGGAUAACCGGACCGCAAUUCAUUGGGCAUGCUCAGCAGGAUACACUGACAUCGUUAACUUCCUGCUCAGUUUUGGAGUACCAGUGAAUGACAAAGAUGAUGCGGGUUGGUCCCCUCUUCAUAUUGCUGCCUCUGCUGGCCGGAAUGAGAUUGUGAAGGCUCUGCUAGGAAAAGGAGCACAAGUGAAUUCCGUCAACCAGAAUGGGUGUACUCCACUGCACUAUGCCGCAUCCAAAAAUAAGCACGAGAUUGCGGUCAUGUUAUUAGAAGGAGGUGCUAAUCCAGAUGCUAUUGACCACUUGGAGUCCACUCCAUUGCACAGGGCCUCGGCCAAGGGAAAUCUGAGGAUGGUCCAAGUUCUUCUGCAGUACAAGGCCUCCGCAAACAUCCAGGAUGCUCAGGGGAACACUCCUCUGAAGCCCUUCUAUGCCGUGCCCCACAAGUCACCCAGCGUUUUCCUGGAGACCUUCAGGGACAGAGAAACCGCCACCUCUUCAGGCAGUUCCUUCCACCUUUAG